GUAGAGGCGCCAUUUCAUUGCGGAGGAGCUCAGUGGCAUUUCCGUGGAAGUGCAGCGUCAACAGAGGUGGAAAAAUUGGAUCGUACUAAUAUCCGCCUUCAGCCCGAUGGAAGCGGCCGUCAACCCGCCUCACGACAGCUCCCUGGUCGGGUUGUCUGGUGGCGGGAUGGACCAACAUAGCAGCUCGGGCAAGCGCAUUCGCAAGCCCUCCCUGCUGUACGAGGACUUUGAGAGCCCCUCUCUGCCGCACACGAUGCCCCAGGGCCCCCCCAUCCCACCACAGCCCCCAGUCAAGGAUCCCAGCCGGCCAAGCCGCAUGACCAACCAGCUGCAGUACCUGCAGAAGACCUUGAUGAAGUCUCUGUGGAGGCACCACUUUGCCUGGCCUUUCCAUGAGCCUGUGGAUGCCUACAGGCUUAACCUACCGGAUUACCAUAAAAUUAUCAAACAACCCAUGGACAUGGGGACCAUAAAAAAGCGUCUGGAGAACAACUUCUACCGCAGUGCAAGUGAGUGCAUACAGGACUUCAACACAAUGUUCACCAACUGCUACAUUUACAACAAGCCGACAGACGACAUUGUACUGAUGGCCCAGUCCCUAGAGAAGAUCUUUCUCCAGAAGGUGGCCCAGAUGCCGCAGGAGGAAGUUGAGCUUCCUCCUCCAGCUCCCCGAAGCAAAAACAACAAGGGAAGAGGUCGUAAAUCUAACACAUUGAGGGCUCAGCAGGUGCCAGCAGUGUCGCAGUCGGCCUACUCCCCUUCUUCCUCGGACACGGGGGAGUCCAUGUUAGCCAACUCUCCCCAGACUGUGCUGACCAAAAGCCUGCCUCCGGCCAACAUCAUGGGCCUGCCCCCUACACAGCCCACGACCAAGAAGAAAGGUGUAAAACGAAAGGCAGACACCACCACUCCAUCCACCAUGGGCUUGACUGUGGGGAUAUCUGGUGUGGGCAUGUCCGGAGCAACACACAUGGUGGGUCUAGGGAAAGGAGGACACGGGGGCCAAGUCCACGACACGUCCAUGCACACCGUCUCCUCCAUGGGGGGCAUGAGCUUAGAUACUCCACCUGGUAUGGGUCUGGUCAGGAGCUCUGGAGGUCCCGUCCUUCUACAGCCAAUGAUGGCUAAUGCUGGUCGAAGAGUCGGCAGCGGACGCCCCAUCAAACCCCCCAAGAAGGACUUGCCUGAUUCUGUCCAGGCUCAGCCCUCGAAGAAGGGCAAACUCAGCCCGCAGCUGAGGUACUGCAGCGGUUUACUGAAAGACAUGUUAUCAAAGAAACAUGCUGCGUACGCCUGGCCUUUCUACACACCCGUGGAUGCAGCUGCGCUCGGACUUCAUGACUAUCACGAUAUCAUCAAGUGUCCCAUGGACCUCAGCACCAUCAAGAGGAAGAUGGACUGUCGUGAAUACAGGGAUGCUCAGCAGUUUGCUAGUGAUGUCAGACUCAUGUUCUCCAACUGCUACAAGUACAACCCACCUGACCAUGAUGUUGUGGGCAUGGCACGGAAGCUGCAGGAUGUGUUUGAGUUCCGUUUUGCCAAGAUGCCAGAUGAACCACAUAUGGACCAUACGACCCUGUCAAUGAGUGGCCACCCAACAUCCUCUUCCUCCUCUUCUUCCUCCUCCUCGUCCUCAUCUUCCUCCACCUCCGAGAGUGAGCCCAGCAGCGAGAGUGAAGAGAGUGAGAGCAGCCCCACCUCAGACAGUGAGGAAGAGCGAGCGCACCGGUUGGCUGAGUUACAGGACCAGGUGUGCACACAACUCCGAGCCAUGCACGAGCAGCUGGCUGCCCUCUCUCAAGGCCCCAUCGUCAAGCCCAAGAAGAAGAAAGAGAAGAAGGAAAAAAAGGAGAAGAAGAAAAAGAAGAAGUUGGAGAAGAAAAGUCGGGGCAGCAGAAGCAGAGCUGGCUCUGAGGAAUGGAAGAUGCCCGGCAAGAUACUGAAGAGCAAAUCUGCCAAAGCAGGUGGCUCCCAGCCAAAGAAAGGCCAGGGGAAGAAGAGCAACAAGAACAGCAAGACCACAAAGAAGCCGUUCUACCCCCCAGUGGCACCUUCCAUGCUGCCGCACUACGACUCAGAGGAAGAGGAGGAGAUCGUGCCCAUGACGUAUGACGAAAAGCGCCAGCUGAGCCUCGACAUCAACAAGUUACCGGGGGAGAAGCUGGGUCGCGUGGUCCACAUCAUUCAGUCCAGGGAGCCGUCGCUGCGGGACACCAACCCAGAGGAGAUUGAGAUUGACUUUGAAACGCUCAAGCCAUCGACACUGAAAGAGCUGGAGCGUUACGUCAUGACCUGUCUGAGGAAGAAGCCUCGUAAGCCGUACGGCGAGCUAGCAGCAGCAGCAGCAGCAAAGAAAGGCAGCGUUGGUAAGUCCAAAGAGGAGCUGACUCUGGAGAAGCGGCGGGAGCUGGAGAGGAGGCUGCAAGAUGUCAGCGGACAACUCAACUCUGUCAAGAAACCUACGAAACCUAAAGUGGAGAAGCCCAGCGCUGUAGAGACGAACGCCCAGCCCUCACGCCUCAGUGGCAGCAGCUCCAGCUCCGACUCAUCAUCCUCAUCCUCCUCUUCCUCAUCCUCAGACACCAGCGAUUCAGACUCGGGUUGAGAUCCUUAGCACUGGCUAAGAGUGAAAACACUAAUAACUCAGGGAUUUGGGCUGGCCCAGGACGCAACACACCCUGAAACAGUAGUUGGCUGAGAUAUUAGACACCAUGGAAACAAAAAAAAAAAACACACUUCACGUGGACUCGUAAAAUGUUUUGAAUGUGGGACUGAGGGAUGUGAAACAAAGUCUCUGUGGAUAAAUGUAGAACCCAAACACUAAAUGCCUUGGUUUCCCCCCUCCUCCCCUUUGUAAAUACUUGUACAAAUUUAUGUUUCUUUUAUAAAGAAGAAUUUUAUGGUGAUCCCCCAAAGAGGGAAGUGGAGUACUAAAAGAAAAGAAAAAAAAAAAAGAACAGGAUGUGGAAAGAUGGGCCUUACUCCAAAUCUGCUUUGGCUGGCCUCACGCCGUGUCCUCUGGUGAGGGAAUGGAAGAGUCUUUAUUUAUUUGUUUUCCUCACCCACAUUUCCUCAGAUGUUACUGGAAUUUCAACCAGCAACCCUUCGGUCAUAAGCCUUGCUUUUUCUAACAUCUGGACUUCUGCCACACUUAAUUUUAGACCAACCCCCGGAGUCGGCCUUAACGAUCCAGAUUGUUAAUAACAAACAGAUUAAAAUACAGUGUUGUUAAGGAGCUCUGAGUUUCCUUCUCAUGUUCACAGGUUUAUUGAGCAGUAAAUAAAAGCAAACCUAUGUUUUUCUGCCAUGUUCAGGUUAAAAUUCGAAGUUGGUUACAACUUGAGUUUGAGUUCUGGAUUAUGACAGUUCUGUUUACAUACAUCGUUCUCCUCAGUUUGACAUUGAGCUUCAUGCUGCAGUCUGUUUUACAGCCUGCAUGAAAACAUGGUGGGUUUAUAGUACAGUAUAGAAAUGGUUAAACAUACUGUAAUCACAAAGUUUGCAGUUACCUUACAUAUUUGUAUUGUAUUUUUAUGGCUGCACUAUUCCCUCAAAAUCCCACCAGCCAUUUUAAGACUGACCGGUCUUAUAAACGCGACACUAAUGGAAGUACUGUCUGUCUUCAGUAUUUUGGAAUCAGUUCUUACAGUUCGGCUUUGAUAUUGUUCUCAACAUUUCUCCUCAUCAUAUCAAACAGUAACUUAAGUGUGCAUCAGUCUCUGAAGAACACAGACUGAACACAGACUGCUGAAUGUUAUCAGAUCACAGUGCAGGUUUCUCAUUCCCACAUUAAUCUCCUUAACCUGUGAAGUAUUGCAUUACUGUGUCUUGAAGACAUCUGUAGCACUUGAAAACUCAGUGAAGGUUUCAUAGAAGAAGUCUUUAAGCUGCUCUGCACUUACUGGAACAACGAGUUGACUGAACAAACUGAAGAUGGAUAAUGCUACAAGUUUCCUUCAGAGAGACAGGAAAGUAUACUCAUAGUCCAUGCAUAGUUAAAGCUGUUGUUGAAUGUUCAGUGAAAGAAGAUAUGCUUGUAUAUAUUUAAAUUGUAUUUGCUGUUGCACAAA